AUGAUGACACGCCCCGCGCGCGAGCCCGCCCGCGCCGGCGGCUUCGGGAGCCGGCGUACAUCGCAGUACGAGCAACGCCCGGGCGGCGACGACGCGACGCUCGACCGGCUGCUGCGGCGGGCCGCCGCGAGCCGGCGGCCCGAUGACCCGCUGCGCUUCGACGCGCCGCCUCCGGACGGCGACGACGACGCCAUGGACGUGGAAGACGCGAGGCCGACGCUCUUCGUGUGGCGCGACGGGGCUGACCCGCGGCCCGUCGUGGGCGCGCCCCCCGCGCCGGUCGUGGAGGUCUCGACGAACGGCCGGUACACGUGUCGCUACGAGGUCUCGACGAUCGUCCUCUUCGCCGACGGGUCGGUGCGGUCGCUACCCGGCAUCCCCUACUUCGCACGCGAGCGCGGACCCAAGGAACUCGCGCUAAAGUGCGAACCCAAGGUCGAGAGCAUCCGGCCGAACGCAGUCGUGGUCGCCAUGCCAAUCGGAAAAAUCGUCGCGAGCGCCGCGGACGGCAUCUACCAGGGCUUCCUCGAACAUAUCAGAAAGGGAGGGUUCCUGGGGUUUGACGGGGGGCAGCAGUGCUGCGGGUGCUGCGCGCUCGACGCUGAUUGCGGGAAUGUAGUAUUAGUGGACGCGGCGGGGCGCGCGCACGCUACGGAACGUGGGAAAGACGUCGUCGAGGGCGCCACCGCGUUCCGCGCCUGCGCCUGCGGCGGCGGCUACGCCUUCUUCCUCGCCAUGGGCGGCUCUAUCUUUGAGUACUCGUUCUACGAUGGAGGGAGGACGCGCCGGCUUCCGUGGCCGCAUCCACCGCCGGUGGAGAUCGCGUGCGACCACGAAGACCGCCGCCUUGGCGAGCCCACCGUGGCCGUGGCGCGCUGUUGCGACGGGUCCGUCGUCGCGUGGGUGGCCGGCGGCGACGCGUACGAAGUCAUGAGUGGGGACCUUGCGGCGAAGGGCGUUUGCUGCCGCAGCGCGCGCGUGUUCGGCGGCGUCGUCGUCGCCACGUCGGAGGCGGGCAACGUCUACCGCGCGCGGGCCGGCGCGCCGCUCGAGCUGCUCCGCGUCUUCGCGGACGCCGGCCUCUGCGUCGAGGACGCCUGGCCCCUGGCGGGCGGCGAGAUUCUCGUCGCCGUCGCGAGCCGCCCGCCCGCGCCCGUCGAGGCCGCGCCGGCGGCCACACCGCCCUACGCCGCGCCACCGCCUUGGGCGCCGCGGCCGCGCCCGGCGCCCGCCGCGCCGAUCGACGCGCCGGACGCGUCGCGCUGCGGCGUCUCCGGGCCGCUCUGGGACGCCUGCUCGUCGACGGACGAAGCGCCGCCCGCCGGGUCCAGCCGCCCUGGGACGCCGGCGGAAGCGCUGCCCGCGGGCUGGCACGAGGCCUACGUGGCGCUGCGCGACGCGCGCGGCCGCUCCGUCGCGCGGGGCGGCUGGGACGUGGCGUGCGCAUCCACAGCGCAGACGGAGGUGAUCGACCGGGGCGACGGCGUCUAUGUUGUUCGCGCGCGGGCCGCGCCGCCCGAGGUCGAGGUGACCGUGACCGUCGGCGGCCGGCCCGUCGGCGCGGCGCGGUGGCGCGCGAGCGUCGUCGCGGACGAGCGUCCGAUUUCGAUCUACGUCAAGAGCGACCUCCGGAGCUUCCCCUGUGUCAAUUUUAGCGUCAAGCGGUACGGCGACACGGUGCGGGCGCUUAAGGACCGGAUCGCGGCCAAGAACGGCGUCGCGCCCGCGCGCCAGCGGCUCUGGAUGUGGGCGUCGACGUUCGUCAGCUGGGAUAACAACCCUUGUGGGCCGCGAGCAGGCCUGCUGUGGGACGACGCGGCGACGCUGGCCGCGUGCGGCGUGAAAGCGGAGCAGACGCUGCACCUCGAGGUCCUCGAGGCCCCGCCGCCGACGCCGCCGCCCGCGCCGCCGCGCUUCGCCGAGGCCGCGCCCGCGCUGCGCCAAGCGCCCGCGCCCGCGCCCGUCGCGCCGCCGGUCGCUGCGCCCGCGCCCGCGGCGGCGGCGCCGCCGCCCGAGGCCCCCGCGCCCGCGCCCGAGCUCGCCGCGCCCGAGCCGCCGCCGUUCGCCUUCGCCGCGCCGGCGCCCGCUCCGCCGCGCGAGGCGCCCGCCCCGGCGCCGCGGCGGGUCGUCGUGGACCUCGGCGCGGCCGGCCCGCUCAGCGCGGCGGAGCGGGACGCGCUCGACGCGCUCCUCGCGCGGUACGACGGCGCGUAA